AUGAAACCAUUCCCAAGCAAAGGUACAUUAGAUGGAAGGGUUAAGCGUAGAUACAAGCGCAAACAAAGCACUCGGAAGGUCGAAAUCAAGAAAGAAGUUAUCAUAAAAGAGGAGCCAAGAGACGGCGCUGAAUUGAUUCAUUAUUCGCCUCUACCAUCACCGAUUGCUGCGGCUCAACGCACGAUUAAAUCAGAGAGCGAGAGCGACAGUGAGGUGUGUAGCAAAUAUGAUCUUGAUUAUGCAAAGAAAGAAAUCAGGAGUGAAGACGAAGAAUGUACGAAGAAAAGUUGCUGCUCAUCGUCAUCAGGUGAUGAUUUAAAUCAAUGCAAAGGCGAUGAUCGAAAUGAUGGAAAUCGAUUGCAUCCAGAACGAAACGCUUUGAAUGGCGAAGGACAACGUAAACGUAAUUCCAAGGGAAAGAAACGAAGAGGCGCAAAGAAGGAAAAUACAUCAAAAGCUGCGAAGAAUUCAGCUGGGAAGAAGGAGAAGAAACACAAAUGUCAUAUAUGUGAUUAUGCUGCAUCGCGGAAAAUCAAUCUCAUCAACCACAUCCGAAUUCACACCGACGAAAAGCCUUUUGCAUGCGAAAUAUGUGCCAAGGCUUUUACACAAAAAGGUUAUUUGAAUCGACACAAGAAAGUCCAUGCCAACGAAUAUCCAUUUCAUUGUCGAAAGUGUCGUCGAGGAUUCAACCAAGAUGUCGAAAAGAUCGAUCACGAAAAUCAAUGCCAACAUCGACAAUACCAAUGUAUUGUAUGCAAAUACACCACUGAUCGAUUGUCAGAUUUCAAGAAACACAUGCUAAUCCAUAGUACCGAGAAGCCUUUCCAAUGCCGCGUUUGUUCAAAAACAUUUAUACAAAAAAAUCAUCUUCGCCAACAUUUGCGCACUCACACCAAACAACUACCGUUUGCCUGCACAAAAUGUGGUCAACGAUUUGCUGAUGAAAGCAUUAAAAAAUCGCACGAGGAUCGAUGCGACCGUCGACGAUACGAAUGUUAUCUCUGCCCAUACAAAUGUUUCCCGAAAGGUCAUUUGAAAUACCACAUGCAAACAAAGCAUACAGGCGAAAAACAAUUCCAAUGUAAU